GCGGGAGCGGGGCGGGGCCGGCGCGGCGCGGGACGGGACGACAAGAUGGCGUCUACGGCAGCCGGGAAGCAGCGGAUCCCCAAAGUGGCCAAGGUGAAAAACAAAGCACCCGCCGAAGUCCAGAUCACAGCGGAGCAGCUGCUAAGGGAGGCAAAGGAGAGAGAGCUCGAGCUUCUCCCACCGCCUCCUCAGCAGAAGAUCACAGAUGUCGAAGAGCUAAACGAUUACAAACUUCGGAAAAGGAAGACUUUUGAAGAUAACAUAAGAAAAAACAGAACUGUUAUCAGUAACUGGAUAAAGUACGCACAAUGGGAGGAAAGCCUAAAAGAAAUACAGAGAGCCCGUUCCAUUUACGAGCGUGCUCUAGAUGUAGACUACAGAAAUGUCACACUCUGGCUGAAAUAUGCAGAAAUGGAAAUGAAGAACCGCCAGGUUAAUCAUGCCCGGAACAUUUGGGAUCGAGCCAUUACCACCCUCCCUAGGGUGAACCAGUUCUGGUAUAAAUAUACUUACAUGGAAGAGAUGUUGGGGAAUGUUGCUGGAUCUCGUCAGGUGUUUGAACGUUGGAUGGAGUGGCAACCAGAGGAGCAAGCCUGGCAUUCCUAUAUUAACUUCGAGCUGAGAUACAAGGAGGUGGAUAGGGCACGUACCAUUUAUGAGAGAUUUGUUAUUGUUCACCCUGAUGUGAAGAACUGGAUCAAGUAUGCUCGCUUUGAAGAGAAGCAUUGUUACUUUGCUCACGCAAGGAAAGUAUAUGAGAGAGCAGUGGAGUUCUUUGGAGAAGACCAUAUGGAUGAGCACUUGUAUGUGGCUUUUGCAAAAUUUGAGGAGAACCAGAAAGAAUUUGAAAGAGUAAGGGUGAUCUACAAAUAUGCCUUGGAUAGAAUUCCAAAACAGGACGCUCAAAAUCUCUUCAAAAAUUACACCAUCUUUGAGAAGAAGUUUGGAGAUAGAAGGGGAAUUGAAGACAUCAUUGUCAGCAAGAGAAGAUUCCAGUAUGAAGAGGAGGUGAAGGCAAAUCCACAUAAUUAUGAUGCAUGGUUUGACUACUUAAGGUUAGUUGAAAGCGAUGCAGAUGCAGAGACUGUCCGAGAAGUGUAUGAAAGAGCCAUUGCCAACGUUCCUCCAAUUCAAGAGAAGAGACACUGGAAGAGAUAUAUUUAUCUUUGGAUUAACUAUGCAUUAUAUGAAGAGCUGGAAGCAAAGGAUCCAGAGCGAACCAGACAAGUUUAUCAGGCAUGUAUUGAGCUCAUUCCCCACAAGAAGUUUACAUUUGCCAAAAUAUGGCUGCUGUAUGCACAAUUUGAAAUACGACAGAAAAAUCUUCCACUUGCCAGAAGAGCUUUGGGAACAUCCAUAGGUAAAUGUCCAAAAAACAAACUUUUUAAGGGUUAUAUUGAACUGGAGUUACAACUGCGAGAAUUUGAUCGUUGCCGAAAGCUGUAUGAAAAAUUCCUGGAAUUUGCACCAGAAAACUGCACAUCAUGGAUUAAAUUUGCUGAACUGGAGACCAUCCUUGGUGAUAUUGACAGAGCCCGUGCAAUAUAUGAAUUGGCUAUUGGCCAGCCCCGGCUAGACAUGCCAGAGGUUCUUUGGAAAUCCUACAUUGACUUUGAAAUUGAGCAAGAGGAGUAUGAGAAAACAAGAAAUCUUUACCGCAGAUUACUUCAACGGACACAGCAUGUUAAGGUAUGGAUCAGCUUUGCACAGUUUGAACUAUCCGCUGGAAGGGAAGAGAGUUUGUCAAGAUGUCGGCAGAUUUAUGAAGAGGCUAAUAAGGCAAUGCGAAACUGUGAGGAGAAAGAGGAGAGAGUCAUGCUUCUGGAAUCCUGGAAGAACUUUGAAGAGGAAUUUGGAACUGAUACCACCAAAGAGAGAAUAGAAAAACUUAUGCCUGAAAAAAUAAAGAAGAGGAGAAAACUGCAGGCUGAAGAUGGGUCUGAUGCUGGCUGGGAGGAAUAUUAUGAUUAUAUUUUCCCAGAAGAUACUGCCAAUCAGCCUAAUCUCAAACUACUUGCAAUGGCUAAACUCUGGAAGAAACAGCAACAGGAGAGUGAAGCUGCAGAAAUAGAUCCAGACAAAGACAUUGAUGAAAGCCAGCCUUAAUACGUUGCCUUCCCCUGUUCCUUUUCUUGGGUGUUGUACAGUACUUUCAUUGGUGAUGAAUAAAUGUACUUGAAGGGUUUUACUAUUUUUGACUUCAGAGAAAUUCUUGUUUUGAAAAAAAAAUACUGUAUUGGAGGUGAUUCUCUUUUAUCGUGUCUUAUUUCUAGCAACUGAAAGGCAGCAUCCUGAGGGCAAGUACAGGAAUCUGCAGCAGUCUGAGAACUGUAAGUGGACAGCAGCUUUGUUUUUAGGACAAGACUGACUGUUUUCUCAGGCUCCUAGAAAACAUCACAGUACUGCACGGGGAUAUUAACUUGCCAAGACAACAGAUCUACUUUAUUUAAUGGGAAAGAUAUCUUCAGUUCAUUCUUCAUUUGAUUUUUUUUUUCCAGUAGUUCUGUAAAAUAUGUACGAUCCGGUGGAUAGUUAAAAACAGUAUAUACUAUUGAUUGCAAUCUGUUCAACUUCCUACCAAGUUCAGUUUUUAACCUAGAAAACUAUUCAGGAUGGACAAUAAUAGAAACUAACUAUACUGAAACUAACCCCUGAAAGACAAUUCUAUAGAAAUCAGUACAAAAAAAUGUAUAUACAUGUAUUACAUAAUAGAGAUAUUUAGAUAAAUAUAUUGGCAAUGUUUUUUAUAGUAAAUUAUCUAUUGGAAAUAAAGUAGAAACAGCAUAA